ACAUAAACGCCUCUUCGACGUCAUCAACCCGAUUCUGGCAGUUUUUGGGGAAGAGGAAGAUAUGGCCGCAAGGUUACUGUUGAGAAGCGCCGUCCGGGCCGCUGUGACCCGCAGGGCCUCUCCAGCGGUCGCCCUGAGCAGAGGGAUGGCGGCGGGAGGUAUGCCCACUGAUGAGGAGCAGGCAACUGGACUCGAGAAGAAGAUUAUGAACGCUAUGAAAACAGGCGCAGAUCCUUACAACUUGCUGAAGCCCAAGGAGUAUGCAGGGUCAAAGUCGGACCCCCAUCUUGUACCGUCCAUCACCAACAAAAGAAUCGUUGGCUGUGUCUGUGAGGAGGACAACACCGCUGUGGUUUGGUUCUGGCUCCAUGAGGGUGAAGCCCAGCGCUGUCCUUCAUGUGGCUCUCAUUACAAGCUAGUGCCUCAUGAGCUUCCUCACUGAUUCUGCUGCCUCCAUCACAGCGUCGCAUCCCAGAAUUCCAGAGACGUCUUGACCUCAUUCAUUUGUCUUUUUGCAAAGAAGUUCGGGUGAUGUAACCUGUCCUCCUGGUGUGGGACACAAUAUUUUAACAAUUCCUUAAAAAAAACAGUUAAAUUAUUGGAGUGUACGUUUUGCAUUUGGUCUGGUUACACCUAAUAAACAUGCUUACUCUGA